UUUCCCUCACUGUUGUGGUCCAGCUGACUGUGCGGUGGGGUGGUGACUGUUUAUUCCAGACCUCGCAGCUAAACACUCGCUUGAAUCGCUUUCCGCGUUUCAGGACUAUUUAGGGACAGAUAAUCAUUUCCACUACGACAUGGCCGAGACGGACCCCAAGUCGGUGCAGGACCUGACCAAUGUGGUCCAGACGCUGCUGCAGCAGAUGCAGGACAAGUUCCAGACAAUGUCAGACCAGAUCAUCGGGAGGAUUGAUGAGAUGAGCACACGUAUCGAUGAUUUGGAGAAAAACAUUGCUGACCUGAUGACCCAGGCUGGCGUUGAAGAGAUUGAAGCGCCACCAGAGAAAGCUAAAGAGGGUCAAGGAUCAUAAUGAAGGUUCCCAAACAACCAGGUGUGAAGUCGGUCCUAUAUUCAGGAGCAGCAGACUUUUCCAAUCUGAAAUUUACUUCUCUUGAUUUGGUGUGUCGUUGUGUGAAAUGCUUUUUUAUAUACUGAAUAUUGUGAAACGGUUACAGUUAUGUAAUGACUUGAAAAGCUGAACGUUAUUUGUAAGUUAGAAUAGUGUGAUAAGCCCUUUCAGAACUUAAAACGUGCAGGAAUGCAGAUUGUGGAUUUGACCUGGAGGUUGUUUCACCUGAAAUCCCUCGAGGUGACGACGGCUGACGGGGCAGAUUUACCCCAGCCCGUCCUGAGGGGUAAAACCCGCAGGCUAACGGCCAGUAGAACCUCCCUCCUUACCAACACGGGCACAGAGAAGAUCUGAAGCUUGCAGUGUUUGACAAACAGCACUGUGACUACUAAGGUGUGGGAUGCAUUCCGAUAUUCUUCUACUAAAGCUAUUUAAUACACUGCUGUUUGUCGUGUCUGACAGAAUAAAUAUUUGGCCAGGUGCUGAGUGAAUUUUUAACAAUACAACCAACUCUGAGGUGCUCA